CGACGGCAGCCAGCAGCUGGCCGCGGCGAGGAGGGCGUACCAGCAUGCCAAAGCGGAGGGCAACCGCCAGGAAGAGGCCAGGUGGGCGAAUGUUAUCGGCGACAUCCUCAAGAACCGUGGCGAGUACUUCAAGGCCCUCAGGUGGCUCCGCAUCGACUACGACAUCUCCGUCAAGUACUUGCCGGAGAAGCACCUCCUCCCUUCGUGCCAGUCACUGGGCGAAGUCUAUCUCCGCCUCCAGGACUUUGAAAACGCCCUAAUUUAUCAGAAAAAACAUUUAGAUCUUGCUAAGGAUGAAAAUAAUCUUAUUGAACAACAAAGGGCAACCACUCAACUAGGGAGAACGUACCACGAGAUGUUCUUAAAGUCCGAGGAUGAUCAUUGCUCUCUGAUAAAUGCUAAGAAGUAUUUCAAGUUGGCAAUGGAACUUGCUCAAACUCUGAAGCGCAGUCAGCUAUCUGAGAAGUUUUCAUUUGUAAAGGAGUACAUCGAUGCACAUAAUAACCUAGGAAUGCUUCAAAUGGAUCUUGAUAAUCCGGAGGAAGCCAAAACAUAUCUUUUGAAGGGAUUAGAUAUCUGUGACGAAGAAGAGUUGAGUGAGAAUGAUGAUGGGCGAAGUAGGCUUCACCAUAACCUUGGGAAUGUUUUCACAGAACUAAGGAAAUGGGACAAAGCACGAGAGCAUAUUCAGAAGGAUAUUGUUAUAUGUAACAAAAUUGGGCACUGCCAGGGAGAGGCGAAAGGAUAUAUAAAUCUUGGCGAGCUGCAUUACAAGGUUCAAAAGUAUGAUGAGGCUAUGACUUGUUAUGCUAAGGCUCUUCACUUAGCUAAAUUGUUGGAAGAUGAGGAUGCUUUGGUUGACCAAAUAAAUCAGAACAUGCAAAUAGUAAAUGAAGCACUCAAGGUACGGAAUGAAAUUGAAAAAGAAGAGCAAGUUCUCAAAAAGUUGGUAAGGAAAACGGAAAUGACCAGAGGCACUGAUGGCGAGAGGAAGUGCUUACUGCAACAGUAUUCAUCUCUUGUUCAUCUCAUUGAGAAAGCUAGCAUAAUUUUUGCAUGGAUGAAAUAUCAUGCAUAUGCAAAGAAAAGAAAGAAAAUAGCCAGCCAAUUGUAUGACACAGAGAAGUUGGGCGAUUCUUUUCUUGCCAUAGGAGAGUCAUAUCAUAAACUUAGGAAGUUUGAUAAGGCUCUGAAAUGGUACACAAAGAGCUGGGAAAAGUACGAAGUGAUUGGCAACUUGGAGGGACAAGCAAUGGCAAAAAUCAAUAUUGGAAAUACUUUUGAUUCUAAAGGUGAUUGGGAAUCUGCUUUGGCUUCUUUUGAAGAGGGUUAUAGGAUUGCUGUUAAAGCAAACAAGCCUUCUACUCAGCUGGCUGCUUUAGAAAAUAUGCACUAUAGUCAAAUGAUAAGAUUCGAUAAUGUGGAAGAAGCCAGGAGGCUACGGGCGUUGAUUGACAAAUUAAAGAACUCAGCAAGUGAAUAUUUUGGAGUGCAUGAUGUAGAUGGGGGUUUGUGCUCUGAAACAGAAUCAGAUGCUGAUCAACCACCGGAUGGUGUAUCAGAUACGGGGUUUUCACCCACGAAGAGUGAAUUUUGUAAUAAAAAAUUAAAAUUUCGUGACAGUGCUGAUCAAUCAUGUGAAGAUUUACCUUUGAAUUCGUUGUUUGGUACUAAAAAGCUAGCUAAGAGGAAAACUAGUUGUACAUCCUCUACAAAUCCAUCUGAUUGUUUGCUUAGAAGUUUAUCCAAAUCAAGUAGUAGUCAGGCUGGGACAAUGGGUCGUAAGCGUACCCGCAUUGUCCUUUCUGAUGAUGAAGAAAAUGCUGAGGUGCUUUGCUCUGGAGGGCUUGCUAAUGUACAUGAUGAAGAUAAUAUGGCUUCUUUUCCCCAUGAUAUGUUAUAUAAGGUUGCUGGGGAAGAUGUGGCUACAUCAGAUAAUUUUAAAAGUGGGAAACAACAGUGUACUAAUGUUCAGAAGGACCAAUGGGAUGUCUCACCAGUAGCCUCAAAAUGCAUAGUUAAUGCUUGCACAGCUAUGAACAUUGAAGAGAGCACCUGUUCUGACAAAUCCAGGACUUCAAGAUCAGAUCAUAACAAUUUCAGAUUUUCCAGCCCACACAAGGCUGCUGAAAAUUCCAAGUUAUAUGCUAAUGACAACACAAUACAUGCCAAUAGUGUUUGUGCUGAUGAGCAUUGUAAGCAUAUUGUUGUUAAAAUUGGUGAAGACUAUGUUCAUAUUGAACAAGAGCUGUGCAUUAUUGGAUCUAGUCUCAGCAUAGAACAGCUGAAGGUUGAAGUGGCAUGUAUGUACUACAUACAACUGCCUUGUGAGAAAAGAUCAAGAGGCCUAGUUCCAGUUAUUCAACACGUUAAAUAUGAUGGAAGGGUUCUUGAAUCCUUCGAGGCAGUUGAUGUUCUCAAUGACCACUUGAGCAGAAAGAGUUGCCUUGAAGCUUCACUUGGUGUGUGGGUACCUAAGCCUUUGGUGGAACUAUAUACUCAGUGCUGUAAAGAGCUAUCUGAGUUACCCAACAUGAACGUACUCAAGCAAUUGUAUAAUCAAGAGGUGUCAGAGGACGAGAUAGUUGUAUCUGGAUGUGAAUUGCAAGAAAUAUCAGUGACACCAUUAGUGAAUGCAAUAAAUAAGCACCAAACAGUUGCUGCUCUAGACCUUUCACACAACCUGUUAGGCAAUGGAACAAUGGAGAAACUUAAAAAAGUAUUUACUGCAUCACACCAGAGCUAUGGUGGGCUGGCUUUGGAUUUGCAUUCUAAUCGAUUUGGCCCAACUGCUUUGUUUCAGGUAUGUGAAUGUAAGGUGCUAUAUAGUCGGCUAGAAGUGCUAAACAUCUCCAGGAACCGUUUGACUGAUGCAUGUGCAUCUUACAUUUCAACCAUCUUGCAAAAAUGCAAAGCCCUGUAUAGCUUAAACAUAGAACAAUGUUACAUCACAUCAAGAACAGUUCAAAAAAUUGCUGAUUCACUGGAUUCAGGAUCUGCUCUCACACAUCUUUAUUUAGGAUACAACCAUCCAGUGUCUGGGAAUGCUAUAAUGAACGUCUUGGCUAAACUCACCAGUUUGAACGAUUUUCAAGAGCUUGGGUUGAGUGGAUUGAAGUUGAGCAAAUCAGUGGUGGAAAAGCUUUGUGAGCUUGUUAAGAAGACUAGCUUGUCUGACUUAAUACUGGGAAGUACCAGUAUUGGAAAUGAUGGAGCACUUGAAAUAUUUCAAUCACUCUCUGAGAAGAAUCCAGAAACAGGGAAACUUGACCUAUCAUCAUGUGGAUUGACUUCUGUUUGCAUUCCCAGAUUAAAUACUGGAGUUUCUCUCUUAAAUUCUAUUCUUGAACUGAAUCUUGGAGGGAAUCCCAUCAUGGAAGAGGGUGGAACUGAACUGGCAUCUUUGCUUACUAAUCCUCAAUGUUCCCUAAAAGUUUUGAUACUAUGCAAAUGCCAACUCGGCAUCCCGCAAGUUCUCGGGAUACUCAAGGGACUAUCAGAAAACUGUCAUUUGGAAGAGCUCAAUCUUGCUGAAAAUGUACACAAUCUUGAUGAACUCCAUACAGACCCCAACCUAUCAAAGAGCUCUAUUGCUUCGGAAAAGGAGAUUUGCACAGGUUGUAGUCAACUCGAAGUUCCUGACAGUGAAGAUGAUGCAGAAGGAAGCAUUGCUGCCACAUCUGCUUCAGUUCACAACUCAGAAUGCAAGUUGCUCAUUGAAGAGCUUUCAACUGCUAUUGAAAUGGCAAAACAUCUGCAGCGGUUAGACCUGAGCAAUAACGGGUUUUCUCAAGAAGCUGGACAGAGGUUAUAUACAUCAUGGGCAUUGCAUUCAAGAUCUGGCAUAGCUCAGAAGCAUAUCCAGGGGAAUGUAAUUCAUUUGUCUGUCCAGGGAGUCAAGUGUUGUGGCACAAAACCAUGCUGCCAAAAGCUUUGACUUCAAUGUGCUCUAAGAUAUGGUUGGUUGUUUUAUGAGAACUAUGCAUGCAUUUUGUUAAAAACCCUGAUUAUGCAUUUAGGUACAUAGAACUUGUAAGUAUAAGGAACAUGGAUGAAUCAUGAAUAUAUGAGCAGAGCCAAGAAAUAUAUUUAUGUAUA